UUGACAGUCGGGACCCCACCGAAACCACACCCACCUGCUUCUUCUUGAUGUACUUCAGAGCUUCUAACAGAGCUAGGGCUUCCAGCUGAGCAACGGAAGCCGCCCGAACUGUUUUGGUGAAACCGUCCACAAGGCAGCCUGAGAAGUCGCGGACGAUGCAGGAUAUCGCGCCUUCCCUCGACCCUGCACAAAUCGACCCAUCGACGUUGAUCUUCAUGGUCCCUGUCCUGGAGCUACCCAAAUCUGAGAUCUACUACUUUGCAGGCAUCCGGCUGACCUCCCCGAAAUAUAUAGUUAUUCCGCCCCUUCUAAAUUUGCCAGAGGAUGUUUGAAAUCGCUUCCAAGGAGGAUCCGGGUCUGUGAAAUCUGCCUUUCCUCUAGAGCUCUGCUUGAUCAAUCUCCUACUUUGAAAGAAAAUAAAAGGUAUUUUUUUUGUCAAUCACUGCAUGAUGUACAUCCAAACAAGAAGAAGGGAAAUGAAGAGUCCCUUCUCUUCCUUAUGGUCCAACUCCUUUCUUUUCUUUUCCCUUCAUUUCCCUCUCAACUUAAAUUGCCAAACAAAGUGGAAAAGAAAAGAACCCAAUCAUUUAGAAGAUCUGAAUUCCGGGGCCUCUUCCUCAUCGACCCCCCUGCAUGGAGGACAUUACAAAGGCGGAGACAAACAGCAGAAAGGGAAUGACUUCGAAGUGCUCUUGAGCACUCCUCAGUAUAAUCCUCUCGAGGUGGAAAAGGAAAUACCCACUCAUUUAGAAGAUUCAAUUUACGGGGCGUUUUCCUUAUCCGCCUCUGCACAUAUUGGUGAUUAUGGAGGCAGAACCAAAAAGUCGAAAGGAAAAGGUUACGAAGUAUAUAUGAACUUUAGAGGGCGAGACACCCGUAAGGGUUUCGGUGAUUAUCUCUAUACUAGCCUUGUCGAUGCAGGAGUUCACGUGUUCAGAGAUGAAGAGAUCUGUGUUGGUGCAAAGAUUGGUUUUGAUUUUCCUUCCGUUAUUGCACAGACUAAGAUCUCGAUUGUGAUUAUCUCUGAGAACUUCGCUUCCAGCGCAUGGUGCCUUAAGGAGCUAGUUCAUAUAUUAGAGUGCAGGAGAAGCAGAGGGCAACUAGUGUUGCCUAUAUAUUACAAGGUGAAACCCUCACAAUUGAAAUAUCUUACUGGGAGAUUUAGAGGUGCUAUUGAUGCACAUAAAAGGAAAAUGGGCGAAAUGGUUGUGAAUUACUGGAUAGAAGCGCUCCGAGAAGUCACUUCGGUGAAAGGAUGGAAAUCGGAAGAAUUUGGACAUGAAGGAGAAUUGGUUAGAAGUGUUGUCAACGAAGUUAUGAUCGCGUUAAAUGGAACCAAAAGGAUUAUGAGCUCGAUAGACAAUAAUGAAGUCCCAACCAAAAAGCCGAAAGCAAAGGUGUGUGAAGUGUUCUUAAGCUUUAGGGGGAAAGACACUGGUGAAGGUUUUACCAGUUAUCUCUAUACUAUCCUCGAGGAUGCAGGAAUUCACGUGUUCAAGGAAGACAAUGACCUCCGUGAUGGUGAGCAGAUUGGUUUGGAGCUUCUCGGCAGCAUUAUGCAAUCAAAGAUUGCGAUCUCAAUUAUCUCAGAGAAUUAUGCUUCCAGCCAAUGGUGCCUUCGUGAGCUGACUUUGAUGUUGAAUUGCAUGAGAAGUGGAGACCAAAAGGUGUUUCCCAUAUUUUACAAAGUGGAAGUCUGGCAGGUGCGAAAUCUUGGAGGGAGAUACGGAGAUGCUUUUAAUAAGUGGAAAAAUAAUUUGGGUGAAAAAGUUGUGGAGGAAUGGAAAGAAGCGCUUCGAGCAGUCUGUUCCUUGAGAGGAUGGAAGUCACAGAACUAUGAGAAUGGGUAUGAAGGAGCAUUGGUAAAAACUAUAGUCGAAGAAAUUAGGAGCGAGUUAUAUGGAACUUCUCAGCUAAUAAAAGAGUUGAUGGGAAUUGACGAACGUGUGGAACAAAUUACGAGCUGGAUAGAUGUUAAAUUUAAUGAUACAAGGAUUGUCGGAAUUUGGGGAAAUAUUGGCGUCGGUAAAACAACUCUUGCAAGGGUCCUGUACAACAAGCUUUCUAGUCAUUUCAAACAUCUUAGCUUUGUGGCAAAUAUUAGAAACAUCUCUGCACAAAGGGUUCUUGUUUAUAUGAACAGAGCGAGAGGAGUAUGGAAUAAUAUAUCAAAGAAAUUAAUGGAAGUGCCUCAUCAGCAAGUACAAGAGAUGUUGAGGAUAUGUUAUGAAGAAUUAGAUGAUAUGGAGCAACAAAUUUUUUUGGAUAUAGCAUGUUUUCUUAUUGGAUCAUCUAAGCAAAGUCCUACUUAUAUGUGGGAUGCCUGCGGUUUUUUCCCGAGAAAUGGGAUUGAAGUAUUGAGUCGUAUGUCUUUAAUUGAGAUUGACGAAGAUGACAAGCUAAGGAUGCAUGAUCAACUGAGAGAUCUGGGACAGAAAAUUGUUCAUCUAGAAAAUCCAAAGGAACCACAAGAGCGUAGCAGAUUAUGGAAAUAUGAAGAAGCAGCGUAUGUGCUUGACAGCAACAAGGGCACUUGUAAGAUUGAGGCCCUUCGUUUUGCCGAAUAUGGCUACAAAAAAAGCUACAAUGGUGAACAAUUUAAAGAACUAGCCCACUUGAGCUUGGAGAUUUUGAUUCUUGAAGAAUGUGAGAAUCUAGAAAUGAUUCAUCAUUCUAUCAUGCUCAUCAAGUCCCUUAUCUCUUUGAAUGUCAACGGUUGUAGGAGAUUGGAGGAACUACCGAUAGGAAUAGGUAGAAUGGAACAAUUGAGGGAGCUUCUCAUAAAUGAUACGGCUAUACGAGAGAUUCCAAUAUCAAAAGGUGAUUUGAUGAAGCUGGAGAUUUUAUGUGCCUCAUGGUGUCCACAACUUGCUCAACUUCCUGAAUCCAUAGGCUCACUUAAGUUGUUAACUCAGCUAGACCUAUCUCAUUCAGAGAUUGAUAAAUUACCUGAAUCCAUGGACUCCCUUGAGUCGUUAACUCAGUUGGACCUAUCUUAUUCAUAUCUUGAAGAAUUACCACACUCCAUGGGCUCUCUUGGGUUGUUAACUCAAUUGGACCUAUCUCAUUCAGGGAUUAGAAAAUUUCCAGAGUCCAUGGGCUCCCUCGUGUCAUUGAUUCAGUUGGACUUGUCUUAUUCAGGGAUUGAAGAAUUACCUGAACCGAUUGGUUCUUUGAAGAAGCUCGAAACCCUCAAUGCCUUUAAUUGUGCAUUGUUGGCCCACAUACACAGCUCCAUAGGCAAUCUAACAUUUUUGUCUCUCCUUGACCUAAGGAAAUGCCAUAAACUUGCUAAACUUCCAGACUCCAUAGACUCCCUAGUGUCUCUACAACACUUGUUAUUACGAGGAUGUCUCUUGUUGAAAGAGAUUCCCGACUCGAUUGGAAAGUUGGUAUCAUUGACUGAGCUAGACUUGAAAUCUACAUCAAUUGUGGAAUUACCUCAAAGCAUUGAGAAAUUGCAAAAUUUGAGGAUCUUGGACAUUCGUGGAACCCACAUAAUGAGAACUUCCAGGUGCCAUGUUGACUCUAGAAUAUUUAAACAUUGA